AAGAAUGAAAAAUAAAUCGUAGAUAAAUGAUAAUAAGGAGAUUAUGGAUGAAUAUUCAAUCUUAUUCAUCAGGUUUAUAGAAAUGUAAAUGAAAGAAAAUGUUGCUCGAAGAUUCAUUGAAGUUACUAAAUUAUGAUCCGGACAAAAUGAAAAACUCAUUUUCAAUUAAUACUUUUAAAUCAUUUUUAUGAAAGAAUUUCAUUUGCUUCUCUUCUAUGGAAGUUCCAUUUUUCCAGAAUGUAUCCUGAUUUUCGGCCUAUUCCUUCUUCUAGUGAUCGACUUCAUUUUUGAUCAGAAAAAGACAACUUGUUCUUAUUUCAUCUCUUUAACCAGUUUAGUGCUAAGCACAACCUUUUUGCUAUUUCAAUGGAGAGAAGAACCUACAAUCAGUUUUUUUGGUAAUUUCCAAACAAACAAUUUUAAUAAAAUAUUUCGGCUUCUAAUUUUAUUAUGUUCCACUUUAUGUAUUCCUCUAUCCGUGGAAUACAUUCAAUGUACAGAAAUGGCUGUAAUAGAGUUUUUGCUUUUCAUAUUAACAGCUACUCUAGGAGGAAUGUUUUUAUGUGGUGCUAAUGAUUUAACAACUAUCUUCAUAUCUUUAGAAUGUUUAAGUCUAUGUUCUUAUCUAUUAUCUGGAUAUACCAAAAGAGAUGUACGGUCUAAUGAGGCUAUUAUGAAAUAUUUACUUAUGGGUGGAACAAGUUCUUCCAUUCUUGCUUAUGGUCUUUCUUGGCUAUAUGGUCUAUCUGGAGGAGAGAUUGAACUUCAAGAAAUAGCCAAUGGUCUUAUAAAUACACAAAUGUAUAACUCUCCAGGAAUUUGGAUUGCACUUCUAUCUAUAAUGGUAGGAAUUGCAUUCAAGCUUUCCCUAGUUGCUUUUCAUCAAUGGACCCCUGAUGUAUAUGAAGGAGUGCGAUUCGUUUUACAAAUUAUGACAUUUCUAAAUCUCUUUUUUAGAGAUGUUUCUAUUUAUUAA